UCUGAGCAGCAGAUUUCAGAAUCAACCCUCCAACAACAACAACACACUCACACACUCUGCUCCACUGCCUCCUCUUCACACACUGACUCAUGGAUUGUUACGUUCUCCUGCUGCUGUGGACCUGCAGCCUCCUGCCAGAUAUUCAGCUCUGUUUCAACUUUGACUCAAAGAACUUCAAGAUCUUCUCUGGUUCUAAAGAAACCCAGUUUGGAUACACAGUCCAGCAACAUGAGGCCGGAGGACGCCAGUGGCUGCUGGUCGGAGCUCCGUUAGAAUCCACCGGGAGGCAGCAGACCGGUGACGUGUACAAAUGUCCGCUGGACACCAGCAGCUCAGUGAACUGCAGCCGCCUGCAGCUGGGGAAACUUUCUCUGGACAACGUGUCUGAGAGGAAAGACAAGAUGAGGCUGGGCAUGACGCUGACCUCCAACCCUAAAGACAGCAGCUUUGUGACCUGUGGACCGCUCUGGUCUCAUGAAUGUGGAAGUUCUCUCUACAGCACCGGGAUCUGCUCCAGAGUCAGUCGCAACUUCAGACUGUCCCACACCAUCGCCCCCGCCCUGCAGAGGUGUGAGACGUUCAUGGACAUCGUGAUUGUUCUGGAUGGUUCUAACUCCAUCUACCCGUGGUACGAGGUGCAGGACUUCCUCAUCAACAUCCUGCACAAGUUCUACAUCGGCUCAGGUCAGACGCAGGUCGGUGUGGUUCAGUACGGCUCCGCAGUGGUCCAUGAGUUCAGUCUGGGUGAGUACCAGACGGUGGAGAAGGUGGUGGAGGCCGCCAGAAGCAUCGACCAGCGGGGCGGAGAGGAGACGAGGACGGCGCUGGGCAUUAACGUGGCGAGGUCCGAGGCGUUCAAACGUGGCGGCCGGCCCGGCGCUCAGAAGGUGAUGAUCGUGAUCACAGACGGUGAAUCUCAUGACAGUCCUCAGCUGUUUCAGGCCGUCGCCGACAGUGAGAGAGACAACAUCACCAUGUACGCCAUCGCUGUUCUGGGUUAUUACAACCGUCGGGGAAUCAACCCUGAAGCCUUUCUGAAGGAAAUCAAGUUCAUCGCCAGCGACCCGGACGAGAAACACUUCUUCAAUGUGACGGACGAGUCGGCGCUGAAAGACAUCGUGGACGCUCUGGGAGAAAGGAUUUUCACUCUGGAAGGAACCAGCAGUCAGGGUCGAGGGUUCGGUCUCCAGAUGGCUCAGGCUGGUUUCUCCUCACAUUUAGUGAAAGACGGCGUUCUGCUCGGGGCGGUCGGCGCCUACGACUGGACCGGUGCCGUGCUGAAAGAAACUAAACACGGGAAAGUUGUUCCUCCAAAAUCCUCCUAUCGGGAGGAGUUUCCAGAGGAGCUGAAGAACCACGGAGCCUAUCUGGGUUACUCAGUGGGUUCGCUUGUUUCGGCUCGGGGCUCACAGCUGUACGUGGCCGGGGCGCCAAGGUUCAACCACACCGGCAAGGUCAUCAUCUUCACGCUGAAGAACACGGGAAACCUGACCAUCCUGCAUGGCCUGCUGGGAGAGCAGAUCGGGUCGUAUUUCGGCAGCGAGUUGUUAUCGAUGGACGUAGAUGGAGAUGGACAUACUGAUGUCCUCCUGGUGGCAGCUCCCAUGUACUACAGCCAGGGUUGGGAGAGAGGGAAGGUUUACAUCUACUCUGUUACACCUCAGACAUCAUUUGUCCUGCAGGGGGCGCUGGAGAUAUCUGACCGCUCUCAGAACUCCCGUCUGGGUUCGGCGUUGGCCCAGAUACCUGACAUGAACGGAGACGGAUUUAAGGAGCUGGUGGUCGGCGCUCCACUGGAGGACGACCACCAGGGGGCAGUCUACGUGUUUUACGGCCAGGACAAAAGCCUCCAGCGGCAGCGCAGACAGCGUCUCUCUGCAGCUGGACUCUCUGCUGGUCUGCAGUAUUUCGGACAGAGUCUUCACGGUGUCCUGGACGUUAACGCAGACGGGCUGGUCGACCUCGCGGUGGGAGCGCUGGGAGCUGCCGUCAUCAUCUGGUCUCGUGGUGUGAUGAGGAUUCAGGCCAAACUGACCUUUGAACCCGAGAAGGUGAACAUCUUUAACAAGGACUGUCGUCGAGGAGGGAAGGAGGUGACCUGCAUGUCUGUGACGGUCUGUCUGAGUCUGGAGCCCCGGACCAAGACCAGGACCAACACCAGGACUGAUGUCGCUGUUUGGUUCAGCCUGGUCUUAGACGAGAGACGAUUUCCUCCACGAGUCAUUCUGGACGAAUCCGACCGCCAGCAGCCCAGGAGCCUCCUUCUACAGAGCGGAGGUCAGAGCUGCCAACGCCUCGGCUUCUCCGUCCAGGAAACAGCAGAUUACGGACGUCCCAUCGCGGUCGUCCUGGAGACGGGGAUGCAGAACCCAGACGAGGGGCCGGUGUUGGAUCCUGAUUGGCCGAGCAUCCUGAGGGCCGAGCUUCCUUUCUGGAACGGCUGUGAGCAGGAGGACACCUGCGUCCCAGACCUCGUGCUGCACACACACACUGACCUGCUGGACGUUCAGCAGUUCUGCAGCUCGAGGGAGCGAGCAGCGUGGUCACUUUGCGGCCUCCAGGGGGCGACUGCGGGGUCGGUGUUUGUGGUGGAGUCUGUGCGGAGGAGGAUGGUGGUGUUCGCUCAAUUGGAGAACCAGGGAGAGAACGCAUACGGAGCCUCCAUCCACAUCUCCACCUCCUCCAACCUGCUCUUCUCCAGCCUCAUCGUCAAGGACCAAUCAGAUAUUCAGAUUGAGUGCCACACUGAGGACAGACUGGCCAAUCAGAGGUUCUGUAACGUCAGCGCUCCGUUUAUGAAAUCCUUGUCCCAGGUUUCUUUCCAUCUGGAGUUUCAGCUCAGCCGCUCCGUCUUCCUGGACCAUGUGAGGGUCGUCAUGGAAACCACCAGUGAGGGUCAGGAGGGAAAUCCAGACGACAACAUCAACCACAUCUUCCUGCCUCUGAAAUACCAAACGGAUCUCCUCUUCACCAGAGACCCUAACCCUCCUCGGUUUGAAAUCAAAUCCUCUUCCUCCUCUUCAUCCUGGGACCAGCCGGACGGCAGCUCCUCCACCUUCAACCUCACUUACUACAUCCAGAACCUGGGCAUCUUCUCCGUGUACAACGUCCUGUUCAGGGCUGAUAUCUGGGCUGUGACCCUGCAGGGCAACCAGCUGGUGAACAUCACAGACUACAGCAUCAACCAGGUUCCAGGCUGUCACUGCACGCUGCCUCAGCUCAGGACCAACCAGGUCACAGCCGAGGACCUGUCUCCACUGUCACAGCUGAACCACAGUAACAGUGUGAACAUGGAGGUCCAGUGUCGACUGAACCUGCCGACCUCCAGAGAGGUGAAGGUGACCCUCAGAGGACGACUCCAGCUUCCUGCUCUUCUCGCUGUGAGCUUCAGGUCUCUGGAGCUACUGACGUCUGCGUCCGUCCAGCUGGAAGCGUCCAGUCCCAUGUUCCUCCAGGAGGACAGACCUGUGCGACAGAUUCUCCUGGAGCUGAGGAAGGAGGACGACUCCCCCGUCCCCGUCUGGAUCAUCCUGGGAAGCUCACUGGGAGGCCUGCUGCUGCUGGCCCUACUGGUCCUGGCCCUGUGGAAGCUCGGAUUCUUCGACAGGCGGCGGCGACAGGAAGAGGAGGAGCAGCCGGUGGCCAAUGGGAAGGCAGCAGAGGAGCUAUGAUGUGUGGGCGAUGCUGAUGCAGCGUCCUGUCGAUCCUCGUUCACUCAGAGAAGAUGUGGAUGAUAAAAUCGAUGACCUGAACGCAUCACGAGCCUCCACCUGUCACUCAGGGACCCUGAUUGCCCCCCCUCCCCCUCACAGUCGUCAAAAAUGAAUCAGCCAAUCAGCCUCGCCGGUUGAUGUGGAGGAACGAGUCGAGGUUAUCGUGAGCGUACAGGGCCCUGACGGACAGCUACAGUUUGUGUGUUUUGUCCAUCGGGGCCGUAGUGACGCGAUGAGACGUUUGUAUGAGGAUAGAAUUAUUUUAAUGGGAAUUUAAACCACAAAUGAUGUGAAUCAGAUAUAAUCACUUGACUUCAAUCAAUGAGACUUUUCACCCGUUCAUCAGAAAUUUGUUCCACAACCUUCACCACCGCUGUCGUCGCUGCAGCCACGUGCUCCUGGAGGAUCCGUCCGUGAUGAAGAGAACAAAGUCAAAAUAUUACAGAAAAAAGGAAAAGAGAAGUUUCAGUAAAUAACCACAAAGUAGAGCUGCUGCUCUCUGGAGUUUCUCUACUUCUGAACGAAGGUCUGGAUCAAUCUGAAUGUUGAGAAACUCUGAAAGUUCUUUGAACGUGACGAUAACGUCACCGUCGACCAAACGUUUCCUCCACUGAAGAGACACUUUAACUGAACAAGAUGCUGCACAUUGCUCAUUUUAACACAGAGACAGACUGAACGUCUCAUAUUCACCAUCUCACGUGACUCAGACUGAAGUUAUCACUUUAUUCUUGUAAAUACACAGACUCGUCUCUGAUUGGCCGAGUCGAGCUGCUGCUAACGUCUGCUCAGCUUGUUUCAGUAAAAAAACACCAAGAUGUAAAAAGAGUUUAGUAAAACUGAGACUUCAAACUGGAUAAAGUCACUUUUGACUCUUCAGACAAACACCGACACAAAGAGGAUGUGACGCCACCAACAGGCCACUACAUGAAACUUCACCUUGAUUCCAUUUCUGCAGGUUUGAAAAUAUAAACUACAGAUAAAGGUCUGAAGAUUGGAAUGAGACUGACCCUUUAAACACUGAGUGAAACACUUUGGUUUAACGUCUCGUGUGAUUUGAGGUUUUUCUGAGCGAAGCUGAUGAAUAAAAUAAACUCAUUUUACAGAAUAAACUGCGUCUGGAUAGAAUCAAAUGAAUAAAUAAAUUAAUAUGAAUAAAAGUCAAACGUUUACUGAUCUACCUACGACGGCUGAGUGUUUUCUCCUUUUUUAAUACUAAUGGAAAACGUAGUUUAUGUUACGAUCACGUAUUGUAUAUUAUUUCCAACUUUAUAGCUGAUGCACUUUUCUUGUAUAAAGUGAGACUUGAAGUCUUUGUAAAUAACCUGUGUUUGACCCAUGAUAUUAAGGAUAGUGGCAUUAUUGUUGGACAUGUUCAUGUGUUUCACAUACGUUCGAUCUGUUUAUCAUUUGUUAAAUAAAGAUAUAAAUGUU